UUAUGCCCUUUGCUCCCAGUUUCAUCGUUCUUCUUCCCACAAUCCCACUCUUGUUGCACUUGCAAUUCUUACAGCGACUGCGUUCACUCACCGCCACCGGCCACCGAAUUCUGCCGUCGUCAACUCGUCGUCUGUCGACCUGUCAGGCUGCCACCACUCGGCCACUGCCAUCCGAAUUCCGAUACAAAAUUAGAAGGAAAAUUGCCGAGUUAGAGAAGAAGAGAAAAACAAGAAAUCCCAGGAAGAAUAAGUUGCUUGUGGAUGUUCCUGAGUCCAAAAACUUCCUUUAUACAGCAACCAUGCCAAUGAUACUCAUUGUUGUGGGGACUGCUCUCUUUGCUAAGCUCCUCAUGAUGUUAUGCCAAAUUUAUUUCCUGCCAUAUGAUGGCACCACAAAACAUGAAAGGAUUGAGCGAAAGAUAAAGGAGACCCCUGGCCUGGGCAGUGUAAGGAUGCUCACUCAUGCAAUUCAAGAAGUGAGACCAAGGACACCAUUUGAAUCUAAGAUAGCACGCCCCAAUGCAAAAAUACGAACUGGGGAGCCACUUCAUAGG